GUCGUGAGCUGCUGGCUGUAAGAGCUCUCAGCCUGCAGCAAUGUGAAGACAUGGCUGAACAGCUCCGCUGGGCACAAGAGCAGUGCUGCAAGGCUCUGAGACUCUGGCACUCUGCCCAGGAAGAGGAAAAAAGGAAUCUCGUGCAAGAACUGGAGAGACAACUGGAAGAGCAGCAUGUGGAGGCACGGAAGCAGCUGGAGGAACGGGCAAACUUCCUGGCAGAGGUGCUGCAGGAAGAGCAGCGUCAGAAGGCUGCUGUCAUCCACAAGGUGUACCAGCUGCAGAGAGAGCUGAAGCAAAGUGAGCAGUUGAGGCAGAGGCUGAAUGAGCAGUGGCAGAACGGGCAGGUCAUGCUGCAGGCUGAGCUGCAGGAAGCUGAGAGGAAGAUGAGGGCAAUGGAGAAGAGGCACCAAGAGGAAAUGGAAAGGAUGCACAAGGUCCUGCUGCAGUGCAGGCUGGCUGAAGAAAAGCAGGUGGACGCAGGAUCUGCCAUCGAAGCUGCUGGUGCAGCAGCAUCCUGCCAAGAAGCCUCCUCUCCACAGCCUGAAAACCAGAGCAUGAGCAGCUCGGCCCGCUCAAGCCAGGAGAGAGAGAAGCGGUUCCUGAAGCUGCUGAGUACGUCCUGGGGAUUUCUUGUGUGACCGAGCAGUGUUUUAUAGUGUGUGAGCCUCAGCAUGGGC